AGCAAAUGUAUGUGUUUUAUCUCUACUAUGGAUAGCUUGGCAACUGCUUGCUAACUUCACUCUUAUAUAGCAUCCACAGCGGCCUCCCCAGCGGCCAGGGAAUGGGGCCAGGCCCCCUCCGCCGAUGCGGAAGAAGAAAACAGUCGAUCCGUUCAUCCGACCGAAACGGAGAUAGGCUGUGGAAUGGAUGUAGCAUAUAUUCCGGUGCAUCUCAUAUCACCCGGCUGCCAUGCUUUAUUGUUAUCGUUCUACAGAAGACAUGUGAUAUGCGAAGAUAUCACAUUGAUCUACAGAUCUACAAGACAACACGGUCCUACUUCUCUGACAUGCAUAUGAGCGUCUCCAUCUUCCCCCCUUUUGUUCUUAUAGUAUUUUCGCUUCUACUCUCUCUUGAUUCAUACCCAAGCCUUGUGUUGUCACCUUUUUAUUUUUCCGUCUUGUUGGUCACCGGGCGACAAAGAGUUACGCUGAGAAUAAGAUAUCUUUGUCGGGAUUUCAGGCUUGGGGUUCUCUAAUAUAUCCUGAAAAGCAUUGCGUGGCGUUGGGUUGUAUUUUUAUUUAAAAUUUUGCACUGAGACAGGAUAUGGACUACAGAGGCUUGGAGAAUCUUCAUUCGGUGAGUAUACCCUUAGAUACAGGUGA